AUGUCAGACAAAAAAUACCAACCAUCCAAACCAACACCACUACAAAACCUCCUUCAUUUAUACAACUUAGAACCAGUAGCCCAGCUGCUAUCACGAACUAACACCGAUGGCUCCAAGAACGUGAAAUUGAGAAAAUCCUACAAGGCCCAUAUCCAGGAUUUGCCCGGUAAACAUCAAAUUCCUGAGCCGAAAACGAUACCCAUGGGAUUAAUGGAUCCACAGAUUAGUCAACAUCCCGAUAUAAUAAAUGAGUUUGAUGCAGAGUUGUUGAAACGGGCAUUGAAAUUUGAUCGGACGCCGAUUAAUGGAAUUCCCGGGUUUGAUGCUGCUGAUUUGGCUAUUGGUGAUCAACAAACUUUGAUGAGGGGUGAUGAUCGGGAUGAUGAACGGAAUAAGAAGCGGAAAAAGAAGCAUCAAAAUGGUGGUGAGGUAAAGAAACAGCAUAUUUAG